CAGAUUAAGAAAAAAAAAGUAAAAUCCUGUCGCACGGUUUGGGUGUAAUAGAAAGUACACGUGAUUUGUAGUCAAUGGGACAAGACCUGCAGAAACACCGGAAUGCUCCUUUAACAGGCUUCUGUUUAAGGUGGAGCAUCUCGCUCACGCUCCACACUGAAGAAGAAGAAGUGUAGCGUGUCCUCCAGACGUUUCUCCGGUCUCACACCUCCUUCAGAAGAUGACGUCUGUCAGAAUCCUGCUCGUUAUUCUGAGCUGUCUGAGGAGUCACGUGGCGUCUGUAUCAGUGAAUAUUGGAGACGACGUCACACUGCAGUGCCCCCUGCUGCCUUUCUCCAGCAUGACCGCAGUCAGCUGGUACCGGCAGAGGGGAGCGGAGGCCCCUCAGCUGCUCCUCAGUUACAACUUGACCGACGCCUCCUUGGUGACCUUUGGCCCCGGCUUCCACGACGGGAAGGUUUCUGUUCGGGUCGACAGGUUGGAGCGUCACUGGCUUCUGCUCCGACGCUGUGACGUCACCGACUCUGCUGUUUAUUACUGUUCUGCGGCUGAAUACAUUCAGCAGUGAUUGAUGACAUCCAUCAUCAAUCAAUCAAUCAAUCAAAUGUUUACGUGUCUGUUAAUAAACAAAAAGA